UGAAAUCACGAAAUCAGCGAAACAGAUCUACCACCGUUUUCUCCAUCAUGCUUUUCUCUCCAAAAUCUUGAUUCUUGAUCUUCAAUCCAAUCUUUCCCACAUCUCAAUUUCACUCGCAUUAAAUUAACAAAGCACCCACAAACACCCCAAUCUAAAUCAAGAUUUGACCCACCAAAAUUACAUAAAACACCCCACCGCCACCACCACAACCACCACCACCACCGUCACCACCACCACAAAUGGGCAAACUCUCAGUCAUAAUCUACAUCACAGUAGCCUUAUUCCUCCUCCUAUUAAUCUCACAUUCCCCCAACAAAUCCCACCGGAACAACCACCACCGGCGCCACCGCCGCCUCAAACUCCGGUCCAACUUCACCACCACAACCCCAUCAGACCACCACAUCUCAUUCGACCCACUAGUCGCCGACAUUGAGCGCAAACGAGAAGACAAACUAUGGGAAAAGACCCACUAUUUUGAAAACAAUAAUAAUGAACCGGAACAUGAACCGGCGCCUGGAAUGGAGGCGCAGCCGGAAUGGGAGGAUUUUAUUGAUGCGGAAGAUUACUUGAAUGAUGAACACAAGUUUAAUAUUACUCAUAGGUUGGUGGUGUUGUUUCCCAGUAUUGAUGUAGAUCCUACUGACGGUUUUGUGACGGAACAUGAGUUGACUGAGUGGAAUCUUGAGCAGUCUCAAAGGGAGGUGUUGCAUCGGAGUCAACGGGAGAUGGAGUUGCAUGAUAAGAAUCGUGAUGGCUUGGUUUCUUUUGAGGAGUAUCAGCCGCCCAGUUGGGUUCGUGAUUCCGAUAAUAGUUCAUUUGGGUAUGAUAUGGGUUGGUGGAAAGAGGAGCAUUUUAAUGCAUCUGACGCUGACGGGGAUGGUUUUCUGAAUAUAACCGAGUUCAAUGACUUUCAACAUCCUGCAGACACUAAAAAUCCAAAACUUCUUCAGUGGCUGUGCAAGGAGGAAGUAAGGGAAAGAGAUAGCGACAGAGAUGGUAAGAUAAAUUUCAAAGAGUUCUUCCAUGGACUCUUUGACCUGGUAAGAAACUAUGAUGACGAAGCUCAUAAUUCUUCGCAUGAAUCUACUGAUUCAUUGGAAUCCCCGGCAAGAAACUUUUUCGCGCAGCUUGACAAAGACGGUGACAGAUACUUGUCUGAUGUGGAACUGUUAUCUAUCAUUGGAAAGCUUCAUCCAUCAGAGCGAUAUUAUGCUAAACAGCAGGCGGAUUAUAUUAUAUCACAGGCUGAUACAGAUAAAGAUGGGCGGUUGUCAUUGGCAGAAAUGAUCGACAGUCCAUAUGUAUUUUAUAGCGCCAUCUUCAAUGAGGAUGAAGAUGAAGAUUAUGAAUACCAUGAUGAGUUUCGUUAAAUCUGAGUUUAGGUAAAGACUAGGAUUCAUUUGAUGUAUGGAUAUUUAUGUUUGCAGCAUAGUUUUAGAGUUUGUUGAUGUUCUUCAUAUGUAAUAGCUAGGUUCUAAAGCAAUUUUAUGUCAUUUUUCCUAAUUUUGACUUCAGUUUCUGAACUAUAGUUGGGAUUUCAAAUAUAGUAAACACUUUUUACUUCA